AUGAUGUGCAACAAUGACAACAACAAAUCGACCUUGUCCUCCGAAUUAUCGACCUCUACGUUGAUUACUGACAGAAAUCGAAGAUACAAAAGAGAGAGACGACACGAAGGAAACUCCACUCCAUCCAAUCAUUCUGACAGUGUUCCCAAUGAUGUCUCCACGAUCGUGGAAGGUGAUCCCUCCAACUCCACCACAUGGAAUCAACAUCAUCAUCGAAAAACCUCUUCAGACCAUCACAUCCUCAUGAUCCAUAAUCAUCCUCAUGACGCUACUGAUGACCAUUCCUCAUCGUUACUACCUCUUUCAUCUCACACCAAACACACUCAUGGAUCAUUUUCUCACUCGACAACAACAACAUUUUCUCCGCAAUCAUUAUCAACAUCCUCUUCUCACAACACAACAGGGAUCCCACAACACCACAAUUUAUCAUUUUCCAACUCGACCAGUGUGAGCGAUCCAUUAUUAUUGACUCGCAACCAUGAAGAAAGAGGACAAGUUGUGGAAUCUUCUUCUUCAACAACAAUGGACACAAAGGUUUCUCAUCAUGUUUCGCCACGAAGAAGAUUUGCAUUGACGACAAGCUCUCCAACAUUGAAUGGAUCUCAAGAAUGUCAUGAAUCUAAUGAAUCAUCCAAGCAUGUCAUGAAUAAUCAUACGGAAAACGCCACAUCAACGAGUGGCACCUCAUCAGUAUUAAAAGAUCAACAAGAUUCUUCAUCUGUAUUGAAUAGUAACAAUGACUAUACUGUUGAGAAUGAUCCUACUCAUUUGAACUCCAUUUCUGAUUCAAUGGUUGAAGACGAACACUCCUCUCGAGACGAGUUACUCUCAAAAAAGAGAGUUUUUAAAGUUCCCAAAAUUAAUGUAGGACUCACAACUCGAAUUGAAAGUACUGGUUUUGAUACGGAUCGAUUUGUGACUACUGAGAGAGGCACGACCAUAACGAGUAAUAUGAGUAGUAUGAGUAGUAGUAGUAGUAGUAGUAAUAAUAAUCACACGGCACGAUCCAGUCGAGGAGCUUCAUUUAAAAAACGAUUGGAUUCCAUGUUGAAAAAAGAAAAUCGAGCUGACAUUUAUAUGGCCAAUAUGCAAGAAUUAAUCAAAAAUUCACAAAACAAAAUUGGAGAGGAAGUGACAGCGACAGAUAAAGAUUUUGAGCUCAUGAAAGUGAUUAAUAGAGGAACGGAUCGAUUAUUACACAAAAUUUCACUCGAUGAGACACGUGAUGGUGGAGACUCGAAUUUGAAAAAGAUUGAAGAUUCUAAUUUUGAAUUUGAAUAUGAUACAGAUGAAGUGUACAUUUUCAGAGACAUUGGAGCAGAAUUUAAGCUAUUCUGCCCAACAGUCUUUCAACAUUUAAGACAAUUAUUUCGAGUCUCUGAAUGGGAUUUUAAAAAACAAAUGGGAUGUCACUGUGGAUCUUAUUCACGAGUGGGUACCCCUGGAAAAAGUGGAGCCUUCUUCUUUUUCACAUCAUCCACGAGUUACUUGUUAAAAUCAGUGACCGAGGAAGAGUUAUCGACAUCUCUUGAAUUACUACCACACUAUCACAAACACAUCCAAAAGAAUCCAUAUACAUUGCUGAGUAAUUUUUAUUUAUUGUUCGAAGUGACACUUCGUAAUCAGAACAAGUACAGAUUUAUAGUCAUGAACAAUAUAUUUUUCACACCUCUCACCAUUCAUAGAAAAUAUGAUCUGAAAGGAAGUACAGCUGGAAGAGUUGCCACAGAAAGUGAACGAAAAAAGAAAUCUCCCAUCUUGAAAGACAAGGAUAUUCAACAAGGAGAUAUCAAACUCAAUCUCGAUUUAAAGCUUAAUUUUUUUCGAAGACUUGAAAGCGAUGUGAGAUUCUUACAAGAGAAUGACAUUAUGGAUUAUUCAUUACUGUUGGGUGUUCAUAACCAUAGUCAACGAACGGAAGAAGAGUCAAAAAUUAUUUCACGACUUCGAUUGCCACAGCCAACAGAUACCUCAUUUAGUGGAUGGCAAAGAAAUACAUGUGCUUCUAGUGACGGAAAGGAAGUUUACUUUUUUGGAAUUAUUGACAUUCUUCAAAAAUUUAACAAUAGAAAACAAGUGGAAAAGAUGAUGAAAAAUGGUGUACAAUCUCUCAAAGCGAAAAUUCGAAAUGCAACCAAAGAACGAGUCUCUGUUGAAAAGCCAUUCAAAUAUGGACAACGAUUUGAAAACUUUUUGAAAAUUCUUUGUUCCACAGUUUCAAUCAAUGAUUUCAAACCAGGAACUCUCAAAUCCUACAAUCAACGAAAAGACAUCUCUGAAGAAUUCUAUCACUUGAUCAUUCGACGGUCACCCAAAGAUUUUAAAGCAUUCUUUUAUCGAGGACUGUUUUACCAUAAAAUUGGUGAUCUUGUCAAUGCAGUCGCUGACUUUAGCAAGAGUAUCAAAUUGAAUCCACAAUAUGCCAAUAUUAAUUCAUAUCUAUUUCGAGCAUUAUUAUAUGUAACAGCUGGAAAUUCAAUUUUAGAGAAAAAAGGAGAUGAAUUACGUUAUAUCAAGUAUGCCAAUUUAGCAUUCAAAGAUUUACAAAAACUCACAGAAAUGAAUCAAUAUUGUGCCGAUGCUUAUUUACUGAGAGGAAUUCUAUUUCAAUACAAAUUUAAAUUCCAUCUCUUAUUUGGAAAAGGAGAACGACCAGUGACAGAUUCCAUCUCAACUAUUACUAGCAAUAGUAGUGCUACAUCGACGAGUCAUACCCCUAGCAACAUCACGACAACAAGUGGUACCAUCAAAGAAUCUUCUCUGGCUCAAUACUUUUACAAAAAGAAUUCCAUCUUUUCCUGUAUGGACAUUCAACCUCUUACUGACAUUUUAAACAGUUUGGGAGACAAUAUCAAGACAUGUAAUAAUUUUGCCAUCACUCGAAACAUUUCAGCACUCCGUAAAAUAAUUUAUGGACUCGCAGCUGAAAAUGAGAGAAUUUCAUUUUACCCACGAAAUAGCAAACAAGCCAUUCAUAUUCGAUCAGAGAGUUUGUUAUUGGCUGCUCAGACAGGAUCGGUGAGACAUAGUGAAGCUCUCUCGAUGACGUCAUCCAAGACCAAAACAUUGGUGGAUGAAAAUGAAGCCUCUACGGAUUUGGAAGAUCGACAAGAAUCCAUUCGAGCCAUUCUUGAAUAUGUGAAUCAUCAGGAUGAACCAUUGUAUCGAUUGGCAGAAAGAGAUUUUAUGAAAUGUCUCGAAAUUAAUCCUGCUAUGGCAGAUCCCUAUGGAUUUCAGAAAUUAUUACGUCACAUUUUAGAAAUGGAUAGCUUCAAUGCCUAUGUUCAAUUAGGAUUACUGUAUUUGGAUUUAAAUCGACCCAUCGAUGCAGAGAAAUAUUUUACAGAAUCGAUCAAGAAGUCUGAAAAGAAAUCUUUAAUGGCUUACUUUUUACGAGGUAAUAUCUAUGCACAACGAUACUUGUUCCUUCUCGAACAAACCGAACCAUUACCACAAAAGGAAAAGAUGAAUGAAUAUUUAAACAAGGCCAUGGAAGAUUACAAAAAAUGUCUCGAAAUUGAUCCUAAUUUCUACAAGGCUUAUUUCAAUAUGGGAUUUUUAUAUCGAAUCGAUUUUCCAGCAAAAUCUGAAGAAUGUUACAAUCGAUGUAUUGAACUCGUAGAAGGUUAUUUCUUUGCCAUUUACAAUAGAGGUCUACUCUAUAAGAAUUUCCUUGGUGACAAACAAAAGGCCCUCACUGAUUUCACACAAUGUAUUUCACUCGAUCCACGAAGUACCAAUUGUUAUAUUUUACGAGCAAAUACUUAUUUGGAAAUGGGAGAUCGAAUUAAUGCAGAACUUGAUUUUAAACAAGCCAUUUAUAUUGAUUCGAAUUGUGCUUCGGCUUAUUAUUCAUUGGCCACUAUUUAUAUGAGUGAUGAGGAAAAGUAUCGAUAUUACACAAAUCAAUUCAAACUUUUAACAAAGAAUGUGAAAAAGGUGAAUGAAGAAAUUCCAAGUAUUCUUCAAUUUUAA